CCCACCACCACCAGCAGCAGCCCGCUCGCUCCUCCCUAUGUCCUUGUCCUCGGCGGCUCCUCUCAACUCCCUGGCCAGUAUAUGGAUAGAAGCUCCCUGUUUCAGCUCAUACAAGAGCAGCUGGACCCAGACAACACCGGUUUCAUCGCAGUGGAGAACUUCACCAGUUUGGUGGAGCACCAUGAGCUGCAGCUGGACCCCUCCAAACUGGACAUGCUGUUCGCCCUGGUGCAGAGCAACGAGGAUGGACAGGUGUGCUACCAGGAGCUCAUCGAGCUGAUGAGCAGCAAGCGUUCCAGCAGUUUCCGACGGGCCAUCGCCAAUGGCCGGCGUACGCUGCAGCGAGAGAUCCUAUUGGAUGAGACGGGCCUGGGCGUGUACAAGCGCUUUGUGCGCUACGUGGCCUAUGAGAUCCUGCCCUGCGAGACAGACCGGCGCUGGUACUUCCACCAGAACCGCCUUUGUCCCCCGCCCGUCUUCAUGGCCAUCAUUACCAUCGUCCAGAUCAUCGUGUUCAUGUGCUAUGGCAUCAUGCUGAAUAAGUGGGUGCUGCAGACAUACCAGCCAGACUUCAUGAAGAGCCCCCUGGUGUACCACCCCAGACACCGCCACCAGGUCUGGCGCUUCUUUAGCUACAUGUUCAUGCACGUUGGGUUGGAGCAGCUGGGGUUCAACGCUCUGCUCCAGCUGAUGAUCGGUGUUCCCUUGGAGAUGGUCCACGGCAUCCUACGCAUCAGUCUGCUGUACAUGGCCGGUGUUGUGGCAGGUUCCCUGACGGUGUCCAUCACAGACAUGCGCGCUCCAGUGGUGGGGGGCUCCGGGGGGGUCUAUGCUCUGUGCUCGGCGCACCUGGCCAACGUCGUCAUGAACUGGGCUGGCAUGCGGUGUCCAUACAAGCUCCUCCGCAUGAUUCUGGCGCUGGUGUGCAUGAGUUCGGAGGUGGGCCGUGCCGUGUGGCUGCGCUUCUCCCCACCCUUGCCCUCUUCAGGGCCCCAGCCCAGCUUCAUGGCCCACCUAUCGGGGGCGGUGGUAGGCAUCAGCAUGGGCCUGCUCAUCCUGCGCAGCUAUGAGGAGAGCCUGCAGAAGCAGUGCUCCUGGUGGGUCAUCGUCUUCUCCUUCAUCACGUUCCUUCUUUUUGCCAUCUUCUGGAACAUCUUCGCCUACGAGCUGCUGGGGGUGCAGCUCCCUCCCGCUCCCUGACACCAAGAAGCUCCCUCCCACCUAUUUCAUUGCCCCUCUCAUUGUCAUAUGUCAAGACCCAUCCCCUUUACCAUAUUAUUUUCCUGUCUGCUCAGCCAACCUCCCGACAACACCAUUCAAAACACAAUAAGUUAUUUAAUUUAAAACUGCACAGAGCAGUAAUUUUUCUUUCCAUGUACCCAUAUCAUCAAAGAAUGAUAUCUGUUUUGUGGUGGGAGGGAAUUUGGUAGCAACAUAUGCAGGUGAAAGCUGUGUGGCUCUCUUCAUAUCCUCAUUGUGGAGCAGCUAUGUAAAAAGGUAAUCCCUUUUGUCUUUUGUGUUGAAGUUUUACCCACUAAGAGGUCGAACCUGUCAGCGAGCCAUUUUGAUUAAUACCCAUGCAGCUUCAGUUCUCCUGUGUUCAGAGUGGGUUCAUGAACCUCUAGGUGCUUCUUACUGGACAGGUAUGUGUUCUGUCAGUAUCCCUCACUGCCCCUUUUAAAGCCAUGAGGCAGUAGGGCACCAGUGUUCUAUUGCUCAACAUGCACCUAAACACAAGAUCUACACUGUGGAAUAAUAAUAGGGAUUCACAGGAAAAGGGAUUACAAUGUAACAAGGCAUGCAGCUAGGAAGUAUAGAGGUGGAAAAGACAAGAGGGGAGAGGGAAGAAAUAAAUGCUGAAACUGUGACAUCCUUUCUCCUCACCAUCACCACUGUGGCGCUCAUGUCCCUAGUAGCCAUUGUCACUCUCCUUUUCCACCCAACCGAAAUGCUUCAGCAGGUUAGCAUAAUCUCUACCAGUACCAUAUGCUAACCUGCUAAAGCAACAGCAUCUAAUGCUAGAGGGUCGAAACUAAAACGUUUGCCCUGUGCUCCCCGGACACACCAGCCCUCACCCUUCUCCUGUGUCGCCGUCUCCAAGAACAACCACUGUCUGAUGCUGUAAGUCAGUGUGGGAACGCAAAGAGAAAGACGCAUACACUGGCCUCUGUCAAUUCUCACUCUAACAGACUGAACUGGGGAGGGAAACUGACAUGUUAUCAUCGCCUGACCUCUGACCUCCGUGUCCUAGCGGGCAUUGGGGUCGGUCUGUCAAGGCCCAGUUUAUACCUCAGUGUCUCAUUCUUAGGGACUGUACACUUUUGUAAAGGAAUGUAAGCAUAUAAAAUGAGUGUUAAUCAUUUCUUUCUGUUUUUCCUUUGAUAGUGGAUGUGUAUAUUAUAUGUUCAUAAUUAAGAGUAUAUUUAUUUGUAUUUUUUCCUUGUUUGGGAAAACAAAAGAAGAAAAUGUUUCAAAUGGUGCAGACUUAAUACUAUGAUUGUUCUUAUGAUUACUCACAUUUACAUUUACGUUUUAGUCAUUUAGCAGACGCUCUUAUCCAGAGCGACUUACA